AUGCGACACGAUCUUUUUUCAUCAGAUGAACAAAACCCAAGCUUAUCGCCGUACGAAAUAAUUUACAGGCUGUACCCUUACAAAGUAUUUCUAAAAGAUGGAGUGCAACACGUAGAGAACCUAUUGACCGAAUUAGGGUUACCUGCAUCGAAGCAAACUGAGUCUGCAAAUGUAUCUACUAAAAUACCCGCCUCUUCAUCAACCUCAGUUAACUCCUAUAUAGAAACAAAGUACCAAAAUGCUUUGUUAGAAUCCAUCGUACAAAGUUUAAAAGUUGCUGAUGUUUGUAUUGUUGGAACCAAAGGAUGCGGAAAAAGUAUGAUCGUGAAUAAAGUUGCGGAAAUUUUUGGUCAAGACGUCGAAAAUAUUGUUUUGUAUCAAGACAUGACGUCGAGAGACCUGAUUCAACAGAGAACGACUUUAGAUAAUGGAGAUACGAUUUGGAAGUUGUCGCCACUGAUAGAGGCGGCGCUGGAAGGAAAAAUCGCUGUUUUGGAUGGUAUCAAUAGAAUACAUCCAAGUACGUUGACAGUAUUACACAGAUUAGUUCAAGAUCGCGAACUUCAACUAUAUGACGGCAAAAGACUAAUAAGUAAAAAUCGAUACGAGGUUUUGCAAAAGAAGUUUAACUUGACCGAGGAACAAUUAACUGAAAACGGAGUAUUCCCAAUACACCCCGAUUUCAGAAUUGUUGCUAUUGGUGAACCUCCGAAUUUGCAAUCUCCAACGGGAAAUUGGAUGUCACCAGAAAUGUUAAGUAUAUUUCUUUUUCACGAGAUGAGAACUUUGAGCAAAGAAGAGGAAAUCCAUGUAAUUACCACAAAAUUUGGUCCUCCUUCAGCACCACUGCAAAAAAUCAUUAAUCUUGCACACAUCUUACGAGAUAAUACCGAUCCAGCUCUGAAAAACUUAUCGGGCCAUCUGUCGACGAGAAAGAUUCUAAAAAUUGCAUCCAGACUGAAUAAAUACCCCACAGACGAUGUUUACAACUUGAUGGAAGAAACCUUUAUGAUCAAAUUCUUGCCUUCCCUUACUCGUCAAGCCUUAGAUAAAACAAUGGAGAAAAUAGGAAUAACUCUUAUUCCUCAGGAUAGAAAUUCAAAAAUUAAAUGUGAAAUUAAAAGCGGUGUGUUAACGAUAGGAGCUACUACAGCUCCAUUAUACCAAGCCAGCAACUUGACCAAAAUUCCAGACACCUUGUUUUAUGACGUACCUCAACAUUUGUCCCUAAUGGAGAGGCUCUUGCAGGAUUUUCAGUUGGGUUACAACUUGCUACUUGUUGGUAACCAAGGUGUGGGUAAGAACAAAAUCGUCGAUAGGUUUUUGGAACUAUUAAAGAGACCUAGAGAGUAUAUUCAGCUACACAGAGACACCACAGUACAAACUCUUACUAUACAACCAACGAUCAAAAAUGGGAUUUUGGUACAUGAAGAUUCGCCUCUCGUUAAAGCUAUUAAAUAUGGACACGUUCUCGUUAUAGACGAAGCAGACAAAGCACCAACGCAUGUUACAUGCAUUCUUAAAACACUGGUAGAAUCGGGAGAGAUGAUUCUUAGCGAUGGUCGAAGAAUUGUCCCAAAUACAAAAGCACUGAAAGGAUCAAACGCCGAUAACGUUAUUAUUACUCAUCCUGAUUUUAGAAUGAUUGUUUUAGCAAACAGACCUGGAUUCCCCUUUUUAGGAAACGAUUUCUUCGGCUCAUUGGGCGAUCUUUUCAGUAGCCAUUCUGUUGAUAAUCCUUCUAGAGAAUCUGAAAUAGAACUUCUAAAACAAUAUGGACCUGACGUAGAUGUAAAUACUAUUAAGCAACUAGUUGGAAUUUUUGGUGAUCUGAGAAAUAUGGCAGAUCAAGGUCUUAUUAACUAUCCAUAUUCUACCAGAGAGAAAUAUCCCAACGCUGAUUUAGAAGAUGUAUUGUUCAAUGUUUUCGACUUCGAUAGAGAUAGCCCCGAUAUGUUAGAAACAGUAGGAGAGGUUCUACAUAAACAUGGGUUUUCUAAAAACGUUGUAACCACCGAAUAUAUUGCAGCUAAGCGAGCGAAGGAAAAUGUUACAGUAAAUAGGUAUAGUGGGCUGGAUACAAAAGAACCAAAACAUGGUGAAGAAGAUCCAGAUAAUGCACCUCAUGUAGGAGGCAAUAGAUGGGCAGGUGGGACUGGUGGAAGAGAUACUGCUGGUUUGGGAGGUAAAGGUGGCCCAUACCGCUUGGAUAAAGGCCAUAAGAUUUUUCAGCUUUCAGAUCAAGAAAAAAGUGAAGUUCCGGAACAUGUUCAGAGGGCAGCCAGAGAAAUGGGUAGAAACGCGUUCAAACAAAAACUGAAAGAAAUAGGAAUGGAUGAGUACGACCAUUCUAUCUAUUCUCAAUUUUCAAUUGCAGUAGAAAGACCAGUUCAGGCUUUGAGGGUUAUUUUAAAUAACCUGCAAGCCAAAAACCAAGAAAGACAGUGGUAUAGACAUCAAACGACUGGCGAGUUAGAUGAUGUUAAACUGAUUGAUGGGAUAUUGGGGGAAAAGACGAUCUUUCGGCGAAGAUCUGAACAAAAGCCUGAGCUGGGUACUCCACAAAUAAAACCAAAGCUUUUUAGAGUUGUAGUAGACGUAUCUGGAAGUAUGUAUAGGUUUAAUUCAUACGAUGGCCGUUUGGACAAAGAACUGGAAGCAGUAGUCUUAGUGAUGGAAGCUUUUGAAGGAUUUGACGACAAAAUAAAAUACGACAUCAUUGGACAUUCUGGAGAAGAAUAUAAUAUUCGGUUUGUUGAUAUAGAUAGUCCACCUAAAAAUAAUAACGAUAGAUUGAAAACAAUGUACGCGCAUUCACAGUAUUGUAUGCAAGGCGACCACACCUUAGAGACCACCCAGUGGGCAGUAUCAAAUAUCGAUGAAGAGGCUUACGAUGAAUCAAUCGUUAUAGUGCUGUCUGAUGCCAAUUUACAAAGAUACGGUAUUCCAGCAGAAGAUCUCGCAAAAGCCAUGACCGAGAAGCCAAAUAUUAACGCGUGCGCCGUAUUUAUUGGAAGUUUGGGCGACCAAGCCGAACGGUUAAGGAGGAGUUUACCAGCUGGAAAAGCUUUUAUUUGCAAUGAUACUAAAGAGUUACCACAUAUUUUAAAACAAAUAUUUUCGUCUUCUGUUGUUAAUAACUAA